UACGCUGCCUCGCAUACGCCGCAAAUCGCAGCGCAGCGCACACUACUGCGAACAGCACCCCGCUCCGGAAAGCAAAGAUGGCACAGUUUGCGUGAUCAGCAAUCGAUAACCAACGCAUCCCGUCCGUCGUCACCCGCGAUCUAACCCUAAACGUGAACAACAAUAACAACGGGGUGUGUGGUGCAAGUAUUGUGGCAAACCCGAGUCUGCGAGCAGAGAACGCACUGUCUUCGAGCGGCCAAAUUCAGUGCACGCGCGUACCACACGGCGGGUCGCACACAAAAUGGCGUGAGUAGAGUGCCACCGCCAGCCGAGCGCGCCGCAUCUUCACUUGCGAUUUUCGCCCCAAUCUGCGGUGUUUUCGCCCUUUGGAAGGCGCCCACCGGCGGUAUGCACGCGGCCGGUCGACGUCCGCACGGAAUUUCGCCACCGUUACAUAAUUGCACGCAUCUAGAGCCUCGUUGAACUUGCUCAUCAUGUCGGAGAGCAGUGCAUCUGAAUCCGAUAAUUCUGAGAAUGAGGUAGAGGUAGGGCAGGCCGCAAAGGAGAGUAGUUCUUCGUCUAAUUCUGCAUCGGAGAGUGAGUCGGGUUCGUCGAGUUCUUCUGACUCCGAGACGGAGAAUAAACACGAUGCCAGCACGACCAGUUCUUCAGCUUUGGAGAAAUCGAAAAACGAUGAGUGGCAGCCCGAGGACGACGUUCAGGAAUCGCCUAAAAUCCCACAAACCCGUUCGACGCGUCGCAAAUCAUCGGAAAAGUCCGAAGAUUUCAAAUACAACGAUGCCAGCUCGUCGGAUAGUAAUUCCGAAAGUUAUCAGGAGCGUCCACCACCAAGCAAACCAGUGGGUAAACGACAACCACCCAAAAAGAAACCACCACCGAAACGUUCCAAAUACACAUCGGAGUCUUCCGAGGACGAAGAAGAUGACAGUCGGCGUAAAGCAACUCGUCGCACAGCGGCAACUGUUAGUUAUAAAGAAGAAAGUGAAGACAACACAGACUCUGAGGACCUUCUCGAAGUCGACAACUCGGCGCCAGUUGAACCUGUACCCGAAGACAAGUCGGAAACAAUUGAGCGGGUGUUAUCUCGACGAAUUGGUAAGAAAGGCAUCACCGGUAAUGUCACUACCGUAUACGCAGUCGAAGAUAAUGGUGAUCUCAACAUCAUUGAUAAGGACACUCCCACGGAAACACAGUACCUGAUCAAGUGGAAGGACUGGUCUCACAUCCACAACACGUGGGAGUCGGAAACUUCUCUCAAGGACCAGACAGUUAAGGGUAUUAAGAAGUUAGAGAAUUUUAAAAAGCGCGAGGUUGAGAUUGCACAAUGGCGGCGGCAUGCAUCACCAGAGGAUAUCGAGUAUCACGAGUGUCAGCUGGAGUUGGCACAGGGUUUGCUCAACAGUUACAACAUGGUGGAGCGCAUUAUUGCAAAAUACAAUCGCCCCGAUGGUGGUAAGGAUUUUUUCGUCAAGUGGGAGUGUUUGCCGUAUUCGGAGGCGACUUGGGAGGACUCUGCGCUCAUUCAACGGAAAUGGCCACAAAAGAUUCGCGAGUUUGUUGAUCGUGAGGAGUCAAAGCGUACGCCAUCUAAACAUUGUAAGGCACUGCGUAGUAGACCCAAAUUUCAUGAGGCGAAGGAGCAGCCUGAUUAUAUGAAAGGCGCGGAUGGUAACUUGGUGCUCAGGGAUUACCAACUGGAUGGGCUGAAUUGGCUCAUUCAUUCAUGGAGCAAGGAUAAUUCUGUGAUACUGGCGGAUGAGAUGGGUCUAGGUAAAACUAUCCAGACGAUUUGUUUCUUGUAUAACUUAUUUAAUACGCAUCAAGUGCACGGGCCAUUUUUGUGUGUUGUGCCAUUGUCAACUAUGACGUCGUGGCAGCGCGAAUUUGCGCAGUGGGCGCCGGAGAUGAACGUGGUUACCUAUUUGGGAGAUGUGAACUCUCGUAAUAUUCUGCGACAAUAUGAGUGGAGUUACGAGGGAUCGAAAAGACUGAAAUUCAAUGCGAUAUUGACAACCUACGAGAUUGUACUGAAAGACAAGGCUUUCCUGGGCAACCUCAGCUGGGCAGAUCUGCUCGUUGACGAGGCGCAUCGUCUCAAGAACGACGACUCGCUCUUGUACAAGGCUCUGAUGGAGUUUGACACCAACCAUCGACUUCUCAUCACUGGCACGCCGCUGCAAAACAGUCUAAAGGAACUUUGGGCGUUGCUGCACUUCAUUAUGCCUGAAAAAUUUGCAUCAUGGGCAGAAUUUGAACAACAGCAUGAAGAUGCUUCGACGAAAGGCUACGGUAAGUUGCACAAACAGCUUGAGCCGUUUAUCCUUCGCCGAGUAAAGAAGGACGUUGAAAAGUCUCUGCCAGCGAAAGUCGAACAAAUUCUGCGUGUUGAAAUGACUGCCGUGCAGAAGCAGUACUACAAGUGGAUUCUCACGAAGAAUUACAACGCACUUCGUAAGGGCGUCAAGGGUUCGACCACAACCUUCCUGAACAUUGUGAUAGAAUUAAAAAAGUGCUGCAAUCACUCGUACCUCACCAAGCCGAUGGAAGUAGACUCGCAAAUCGGCCAGAAUGACUACCUCCAGCAGUUGCUCAAGGGUUCGGGCAAACUAGUCUUGCUUGAUAAACUACUCAUACGAUUGAAGGAAACCGGCCAUCGUGUACUUAUCUUCUCACAAAUGGUGAGAAUGCUAGACUUGCUCGGGGAGUAUCUGCAACGACGGCAUUUUCAAUUUCAACGACUAGAUGGUAGCAUUAAGGGGGAGUUGAGACGACAGGCCUUGGAUCACUUUAAUGCGGAAGGCUCACAGGACUUCUGUUUUUUGCUGAGUACACGAGCCGGUGGUUUGGGUAUUAACCUAGCGACCGCGGAUACUGUGAUUAUCUUCGAUUCUGAUUGGAAUCCGCAGAAUGAUCUGCAAGCGCAGGCGCGUGCACAUCGCAUUGGCCAGAAAAAUCAGGUGAAUAUUUACCGUCUGGUAACAGCGAGAUCCGUCGAGGAGGAGAUUGUCGAGCGCGCUAAGCAGAAGAUGGUGUUGGAUCACUUGGUGAUUCAGCGUAUGGACACGACGGGUCGCACGGUGCUGGACAAAAAGGGCUCGUCGAAUAAUACACCAUUCAAUAAGGAAGACCUGACUGCUAUUUUGAAGUUUGGCGCAGAGGAAUUGUUUAAAGAUGAAGAGGAUGAAAAUGAUGAUCCAGUGUGUGAUAUUGAUGAAAUCCUUCGUCGUGCUGAAACUCGCGACGAAGCACCCACCCUAGUCGGCGACGAGCUCCUCUCCGCAUUCAAAGUGGCGAAAAUUAAAGCAUUUGACGAGGACGAAAACGAGCAGUCGCCCAUUUCCGAAGGCAUUACGCAGGAGGAAGACGGUGAGAGUAAAGAUUGGGAUGAUAUAAUCCCCGAACGAUUGCGCAAGAAAGUCGAAGAGGAAGAACGAAAUAAAGAAAUUGAGGAUUUGUACCUUCCCCCGCGUUCCCGCAAAACCCUGCAGCAAAUUAACCAGUCUGAAAGCGAUGGUGAAGGUAGGAAAAAACGUAGGGCGGUACAAGAAUCUGGCGAGUCCAGUGAUGAAGAAGGUGGCAGUGAUGAGGAACGUCCUAAGAAACGUGGGCGACCUCCGCUUAAAGAAGGCGGUGCUUCACGACGUGAAAAGAUUAAGAAUUUCACCGAUGCGGAAAUUCGACGGUUUGUUAAAAGCUUCAAGAAGUUUAGCACGCCACUGAAGCGUCUCGAAGCAGUCGCAUGCGAUGCGGAGUUGCAAGAGAAAUCGUUACCAGAGUUGAAAAAGCUGGGCGAGUUGUUGCGCGAGAGAUGCAAGGCCUACAUGGGCGAACACACCAAAGAAAACACCGAAAAUGGCAGCGCUGAGGCGGGCAAACGGCGCAAUCGUGGACCCAGUUUCAAACUGGGUGGUGUGUCUGUAAAUGCUAAGACGAUGAUGCAGUGUGAAGAAGAGCUUGCUCCACUGGAUGAAAUCUUACCUUCCAUUCCCGCGGAAAGACGCAGUUGGAAGUUGGACUUCAACACGAAACCCGCGCACUUUGACGUUGAGUGGGGAGUGUUUGAAGAUUCGCGGUUACUGCAGGGUAUCUAUCAGUAUGGUAUGGGUUCCUGGGAGCAGAUCAAGAUGGAUCCUUCCAUUGGUAUUAGCGACAAGAUUCUUGCAAACGAGGAUAAGAAACCCCAAGCGAAACAUCUACAAUCUCGAGCUGAGUAUCUCCUCAAAGUACUUAAGAAACAACUUGAUAUCAAGCGUGGAUCUGUUGGAGUGAAACCAAAGCGCCAGCGCAAGGCGAAGAUGUUAACCAAAGAAAUCAUUGAAGACGAUGGGAGUUCCAACGAAGAGACCACAACUGUUACCGUUACGAUUACGAAAAAGAUCAACAAGAAAAAAGAUGAAGACUCGAAUGCGGAUGAUUCCACUGACAAGAGUUGUAAAGGUAAAGAGCGCGAGGGUAAACCUGAUAAAGAUAAGAAGAAGGCCGGCAAGAAGGAGAAGAAAGCAGCUGGCCCAAUGCAUUUUACAGCGAAUAAUGAACCGAGGGCACUUGACGUUCUUGGAGAUUUGGAUCCUUCUAUCUUCAAUGAGUGUAAGGAGAAAAUGCGACCGGUGAAGAAAGCGCUUAAAGCUUUGGACAAUCCGGACCAGUCAUUAACGGAAGCUGAACAAGUGAGUUACACGCGCCUUUGCCUGGUGCAAAUAGGUGAACAAAUUAAUCAUUGCCUGGAGGAGUAUACGGACCCCGAAAAACAAAAGGAGUGGAGAAGUAAUUUAUGGUAUUUUGUAUCAAAAUUCACCGAGUUUGACGCUAAGAAGCUUUUUAAGUUGUACAAAAAGGCUGUCACCAAGGAGGAAAAGAAGAAUGAGCAGUCUCAGAACGAUAAACCCGGUACAUCAUCCAAAACUGACAAGGAGCGUGCUGGUAGCUCAUCAAAACGGAAACACGACUCUGACGGUGAUCGUGAACCAGAAAAGGAACCUAAAAAACGGAAAGAUAAAGACAGAAAAAAGGUUCGGGUGGAAGACGACGAGAGACAUCCAAGAUGGCGAGAGCGCGAUAGGGAACCACUUCCUCGACCGGCAUACCCUCCAGAGGCACCUGAAUAUGGCAGAUGGAGGGAUAGCCCGAGGGAUAGAGGUGAGCGCUUCCCUCCGGAUCAUCGACGAGAGAGGUACUCCGACUAUAGACCACCACAAUUCGUACGGGAACGCGAUGUUGCCAGAAUGAGUGGCAGUGAUGAAUGGCGCUACGCCCGUGGACGUGACUCAGUCGCGCCUCUCAAUCGCAGUACAAUGUACGCGCACUAUCCCUUACCCUAUGCGCAACCUGGUGCCUAUCCUCCUUCGGAACCACCGGGAUACCCACGUGACUGGAGACCGGAGCGCAUGGAACGCGCCGAUCGCGACUAUCGACACGAUUACAACCGAAGACAGCAGUAAUCUUGGUGAUUGUGUGUACAAGCAGAACAUUUGAACGGAUUUGUCUGAUAUUUUUAAUAAUGCUCGCGAUCGAAGCACACGACAAAAGACUUGAAAUUAUGUUGAACAUAUGAUGUGCUAGGCAUGCUGAUUGGUUUGUGGGCUGGUGCCACGCCCGCGACAAUGAUAAUGAGAUGCAUUUAAUUUCAAGCAGGUACAUUUUUUUCAAACUGCAGCAAGAUAUGAUUUGAUUGACAUUGUAUAUUGUAAAUAUAGGACUAAUAGGAGAUAUCUUUUGAUAUAUAAACACUUAAUUGAAUAUGGGCGAGAAGAUAUUUAUUUACGUUGUACAUACAUGCAGUAUAUUAUGGCAGCGACGUUAAGGUCGAUCAUUUUUUGUUAUUCAUUUCGUGAAGACAGAACUAAGAUUGUAGAAUAGAGCUAAAUUGACCAUUUUUUGGGCUGGAUUAUUUGUUAAUCCUUUUCUCCAGCACUGCAUGUUCUUUGAUCAAUAAUGACACAUUAUAUCUCAGUUUGUGAAAUGUG